AUGCCUGACAUUGAAACUAAGAAGAAGUGGUAUCACAUACAAUGGUACUCCGACACAGAUACCCCAGAGGAACGCAAGUUCAUCACCAAGCUUGACCUCCUGAUCGUUCCUUACGCGGUGAUUGCGUAUUGGGUCAAAUACAUCGAUCAAUCCAACCUGAACAAUGCCUAUGUCGCUGGCCUAAAAGAGGAUCUCGGGUUUAAAGGCAAUGAACUCGUUCAACUUCAGACAUUCUAUAUUAUAGGCGCUGUUACUGGCCAGAUCCCCUUCUUUUUUCUUCUCACUUACGUCCCCAUCCACUGGCUUCUUCCGUCCCUUGACAUUGCCUGGGGAGUCUUUACUCUUUUACAAUACCGAGUCACAAGCUUUGCCGAGCUGGCAGCUUAUAGAUUCCUUGUGGGAUGGUUCGAAGCAGCCUUCUUCCCAAUUAUGCACUACCUCUUCGGCUCUUGGUACAAAGGAAACGAAAUCGCCCGACGAGGCGGUAUCUUCUAUGUUGGCUUAUCUCUUGGUACUCUCACAGCCGGCCUCAUCCAGGCUGGGGCUUCAGCUCGCCUUGAUGGUGUCCAUGGAUUGGAAGGAUGGCGAUGGAUGUAUAUCAUCUGUUCCAUCAUCACCAUCCCCGUCGGCAUCUUAGGAUUUCUUAUUAUCCCCGGCACACCAGAUCAGCCAAACCGUCGAGUCUUAAAUCAACACGAUAUCGAUGUCGGAGAACAAAGACUCAAACGGGCAGGACACCAAUCUCAUGGCAAGAUGCAAUGGGUACACCUGAAGAAGGUACUACUCAGUCCUCAAUUUUGGGGGAUCAUCGCUGUUGAUGUGCUCUUUUGGAACGCUGGUACCCAUAGCAGCUCUGGUUCAUUCCUCCUGUGGAUCAAAAGUCUGGGACGUUAUUCAAAAGCAAAGGUCAAUGAAUUGGGAACUAUCGCACCGGCCCUUGGUAUUUUCUACACGCUGUUCGUUUGUUUUGCGUCAGAUCUCGUCCUCGGUCCUGCAUGGGCUAUCACAGUUUCUACUAUCUGGAACGCCCUUGGACUUAUCAUUCUCACUAUAUGGAAUGUCCCAGAGUCAGCACUUUGGUUUGCCUGUUCGACCAUCUACGCAUCUGUCGCUUUAUCUAGCGUUCUCCAUGGCUGGGUUAAUACGCAGCUUCGAGCAUCUCCAGCUGAGAGAUCCUUUACAUUGGUUCUUAUCAAUGCUAUUUCGCAAUCUACAACGGCUUGGACUCCUUUACUGGUCUUCCCUACAGUCGAAGGCCCUCGCUUUCCAAAAGGUUAUGCAUUUGCUUUGGGAUGUGCCAUCGGCCUUCUCAUCGCUACCCAUGCACUUCAUUUGUGGUUGAAACAUCGAGAUCCUCCAGCAACGACACCUGGUCAACUUCUUUCUGAAGAGGUUAGUAACUUAGCAGAAGAAAGGGGUGAAGUAGCACCUAAGGCUGCUGAUUCGAAAACUACAUCCAUCAACUAA